AGUAGCUAUUGUUUAGUGGUAUAUGAAUGGUGUUUAAAAGAUUUCCAUCCAGAAUGGUUAGCAAUUGGUCAAACGUUGUGUUUAUAUUUCUGUCGAUAUGUGUAAUAGCACACACCUAUCAAAUCAUUCCAAGAAUAGUGAAUGGUGAUUUGGCAUACAAAAGUCAAUUUCGUUUCUACACCUUCCUUCAGAUCUACGAAGUGGAUUCCACAAAGGCAGUUGGCUGCGGAGGAGCACUGAUCACAUCGGAAUUUGUACUUACAGCUGCGCACUGUUUGGCAAAGGCUCGAAAAGUGCGUGUUCUUCUCGGUGUUACCACACUUAACUCUUAUGAAGAGCCCGGAAUGGAUGUGAUUACGGAUUCUCAGAUCCACAUCGAUUUCACAUUUACCCGGACAAAUGAACCAUCAUCGAUUGAUCUUCGAUUUGCAUCGUUACAUACGACUUCAAUAGGAGAAUGCCGUCGACAAUUCCCAUUUUUGUUUUUGAGGCGAUCGGUUCUAUGUGCGAAAUCUUAUGGAAGCAAAACACAGGCUAUUGCUAAGGGUGAUUCUGGUUCUCCAUUGGUUCGAACAAAAGAUAACAAAUUGAUUGGUGUUGGCAGUUUUAGUAAGCCCAAUUGCAAUCAACGAAAACCACAAGCUUUCACAAACAUAAUCCUCUAUCACAAAUGGAUAUCGGAUAUAACUGGCCUUGAAUUACCAAACUGUUUACUGUUAACUCGUACAAGCUGUACUGUGUCUUAUUUGGAAAAUCAUUUGCAAAUUAAAAUCCCAAGCAGUUGCAUCCACGUUGCUACAAAAAGUGCAUUUAUUAACAACAUGAAAUUGAUAAUAGUAGCGUUAAUAACAAUUUCUCGCUUUGCGAUCGAAGAUGCUUCUGAGAUUGAGCCAAAAAUAGUUCGCGGCUAUACAGCCCGUGCUGGUCAAUUUAAAUUUUUUGCAUUUCUUUCGAUUACAUUGACGAGUGGCGAGAGCUCAGCCUGUGGAUCGUCUCUUAUAAGCGACGAAUGGUUGAUUACAGCAGCGCAUUGCAUAGCUGAUGCAAGAAAGUUGACCGCACAUUUGGGUAUAGCGGAUCUGAGACAUUUAUCAGCGGACCCUCCAAUAGUUGGACACGUGGCUAUUCCUGUUUUAAAAUUCGGGUUAUACCCGCAUCCCGGAUUUUUCUGGCCGAUUGCAUGGAAUGAUAUUGCUUUGAUUCGAUUGCCACGUAAGGUUCAAUUUUCGGAUUACAUUCAACCCGUGAAACUGUCAACAACGUGUAAAAUACCGGAAAAAACUGAAUCUAUCGCGAUUGGAAAUGGGGCGAUCAACGAUAAAAGUGGUCUAUCACCGCAGUUGCAAUAUGCCAUUUUGAAAACGGCCCCAUUGAAAGUUUGUCGAAAAGUGUAUCCACUUUUGUUUUGGAGAAAGUCAGUGAUUUGCGCAUCCAAUGGACUGCAACAACAAAGCAUUUGCCGUGGUGACAGUGGAGGUCCCCUCAUUUCGAGAUCAAAUCAUACUUUGAUUGGUCUUUCAUCUUUCGUACGACUAGAGGGAUGUGAAACUGGAUUGCCUCAGGGGUUUACAAACAUCCACUCUUACUUCGAAUGGAUUCGUCAAGUUACUGGUUUAGAAGUGCCAAACUGCUAAUUUUAUAUGAUUACACUGAUUCUUGAUGAGUUUGGAAUGCCACACAAUUGGACUUAUCACAAGAAAUACCAACGAUUCACGAGCACGAUAACGUUGUUGAUAAAGUCAAUUUUAAUUUCUGGAGAAAAAAAAACAUUUUUUUUUUCAAGGAUACUGAUUAAUAUCUCUUUUUUUGUUUUUACACAUCAGAGACUUUUAACGACGAUUUCGAGAAAAAUUGACAUCAUCUCUACCUAGCAACUGAUAUAAUUGCUGAAAAUAAUAAUAAUAAAAAUGAUCUCAAUAAAUAAUCAUGAAUUUUUUCUAACUGCGCAAUUUAUAUUUUCAACAAGUGAACGUAUAUGAGUUCAGAAGUAAAUUUCGACGUCAAUAAUUUUGUGUGCUUUUUGUUAUGGAUAAUCGACGUAUCGACACGCGCUGCUAUAGAAUUCCUUUGAAGUUGUCAAAUCACGUGAGAAAUGAAUAUAUUCACUUUCAAGGUACCUUCGUUUUUUUUGUAGCUUACAAGUAAAUAUAACAAUGAAUCAUCGAUUAACGAUGGAAAUCACUUUUCUUCUGGAAGAAAUUUAAUUUUUCCACUAUCAAAUUCUCUCCAAUAAAUUGAUUGUAUAAUAUAAAUAACACCAUGGUGCGAGGAUUUGUGUCGAAUGUAAUGAAUUCGGUUUUCACAUAGUACAUUGAGAGGAGAAGUAUGAAUAUUGGAUUGAAUAAGGACUUGUUUUUCGCGGGAAAACAAUUCAAAUGUUCCAAUCAGGUUUCAUUAUUCUUCAGAAAAGAGGUAAGAAAAAUACAUGGAUGCGAUGGUUCUCGGAAGAGCUCUGUGUAGUGAAAACUUUUGAAUACUUAUCGUUGGACAUUUCCGAGAAAACUCUCUUCAAUAAUUAUUGAAAUAACAAACAUCGCCGCCCAAGUAUCUGCAAAUGUGAAACGCAAUAAUGAAUCAGGUGUAAACGUGGAUAUUGAAUCAAUAAUUGGACACGUUUUUAUUUUUGUUCAUCAUUCCACUUGAGAUCUCCUUUGUGAUUCACACACGGUGUAAUGUACGAAAACAAAUUUCAAUUAUUUAA